AGGCCUUAAACAUUGUGUUUUUCUGGCAUUCUAGUCGGCUUUAUUUGAGCUGUUUCACAAACGAAAGAUAUGGCUUUCUUGUAAUCGUGAACCGUAAACUUGUGUGUUGCGCUAGGAAUAGGGUGGGCUGUGUAGAGCUCUUCAUGUUUAUAUAUAUUAUAACAAAAAUAGGAGCAUCCGACAAAUCAACCCUCACUCGUAUAGUCUAUGCGACGUAUAUCAAGAACUUAUACCAACAUCUGAAAUUACCCAAUCGAUUAAUGGAGCAAAACUCAACUGCGGCUGGCAACGCCAACCCUGCUACAGUUCCUGCCAAAAGGGGUACGCAACAAGGUCGCAAGAAGUCUGGCCCCAAGUUCGAACUGUCUGAGGCCCAAAAAUGCGACAUUAAGGAGGCCUUUGAUCUAUUUGACAACGAAGGCACGGGUUACAUUGAGGUAAAGGAACUUAAGGUGGCCAUUAGGGCUCUGGGAUUCGAGCCAAAAAAGGAGGAGAUUAAGAGGAUGAUUUCCGACAUUGACAAGGACUGCAGUGGGCGCAUUGCGUUUAACGUCUUUCUGCAACUGAUGACUAUAAAGAUGGCCGAAAAGGACACUAAGGAAGAGAUUCUUAAGGCUUUUCGGCUUUUUGAUGAUGAUGACACUGGAAAAAUUUCAUUCAGAAAUCUAAAGAGGGUGGCUCGUGAACUUGGUGAAACACUUACUGACGAGGAACUGCGAGAGAUGAUAGACGAAGCCGAUUUGGACAAUGACGGGGAGGUAAAUCAAGAAGAAUUUCUGCGAAUCAUGAAGAAGACUAGUUUGUAUUAAAGAGCAGCGCUUAAUCUUCAUUUUAAAACACUUCGUGCGUUCCUGGUGCACUUAAUGAAACAUUCUCAAAAUAAUUUGCCGUUUUAAGUCAUCAAUUAUAAAUGUAAGUUUUAGAUAUUUUAAAGUUUUACGUAUGAGUAUUACAUCAAGAAAUAAUUGUUCAGCUCGUUUUGAAUUUUAAACAAAAAUACUUUUUCCCGAUUUGCGAUAAAAGGGCGUAGUAACAUCAACUGCAAACAUUUAUAAUAUCAAAUUUCAUGAUGGUGAAUAGUAAAAUUUAAAACAAAAUGUAAGGGAACUAAUUAUUGGUAUAUGUUACUUGAAUUAGGUCACAACGCUACUUUUUACAGCUUAUUGUCUAAAUCUAAGCAAGGUAAAUAAAUUCAUACAAUUUUUAGAUAAGAAGGUACAAUAUCACAUCGUCCACAAGUAAAUUGCAAUGCUUAUAUCAGAAAUGUUACAAUGCCUUGCUAGUGUUUAUAUAUUAGUUGAGCAUACUAUUUAAAAACUAGAACCAAAUUUUUAUUUUUAAUUAAACAAUGAAGCUAAAAAAAUAAGUGAAUCAAAGAUUUUUAUUUCGAUUUGGGAAAUGUUAUUAACUAAACCAAUAUACAUAUUUUACUUAUAUGUUUAUCAAUUUCAUAAAUAAAUUCGUGUGCUUGGUUUUGCAAAUUUUAUUUUUAUACCCUACGAAGAGUAAAAGCAAAGACACUAGAAUAACAAGAUGCCAUACGCCAUACGACGCCGUGGGUCCCAGGCUCUCCCGGAUUUUUGUUCGAGAGCGUGAGAGCGAAGAGCGCUACAGUGAACAGCUAUUUUCUACGCAUACACUGAUAGACAACUCUAUGUGUGCACACGUAUAUGCUCAUGCAUUGUAAAUUUGACAAAAUAUUCCCUUCAUCUUUUUUUUUUGAUCAAUUGGCACCUUGCGAAAAAUUCUUGUUUUUCAUUGCCUUAACGUUAUUAUUAUUUAAAUAUAGCUUAGAACUAGCCGAAUCAAUGUACAUAAUUUUAAAAAAUAAAUUUCAAAUAUGACUAUAUUAGAAUUAGUAUUCAGCUUGCAACGUGUGAAAAAUUAAUGAGGCAAUGAUUGCAGAGAGCUUGUGUCCGCACUUCGUGCCUCAAGAUAUGACUUUUCCCCUUGAAAAUAUAUUUGCGUGCGUUUGAGCAAAAGAUGGUAACUGCAGAAACUUUUCAGUUAAUGAAUUUAAUAUAAUAAUUGCCAAGCUCAUAUCUCUACACAUUUUUAAAUUUUCACAAAAGUCGAAUUGCGAAUUAGACGAUGAUGUUAUGUUGCCAAUAGAGUUCAAUUCGAUAAUAUAUCAGCCUUUCAUUGUAAAAAAAGAAAUACAGCAACAAGAAUACUCUGUAUCAUUUUCCAAAAUUGUAUAAGACAAUGAGAGGUACAUACUUUGACCAAAAUAUAGAUAACUUUUUGUGCAAUAAUGUACUCAUUGAAUUAACUUCCAGUAGACAUUUUGUUAGAUAUAUUGCUAAGGGAUCCAGUUGCGAUAAAGUUUUUGAAAUUAUUUUUAAAAAUAAUAAAAAACAAAUGUGUAUAAAAAAGUUGAUUGUUGAGCAAUGCAUUAAGUGCACAAAGGAAAGUAGUGCCUUAACAAGAGAAAUUUAAAAAACUUUAAAAUCAUAAUAGUCAUAAAAGUCAUGCCCUACUUUUUAAUUAUUUUAUUUCAUCAUAUUGCUACGAAAUUGGCCAAAACUCCACAAAUAUGUACAAAUAUGUAUAUGUCACACCCACACUUUUGAAAAAUGUUUUGAUAUUUUUGCAUAUUUUUACUAGUCUCGUAAAUUUCUAGCGACUUUUACAUUUUUGAACAAUUCAUUAAUUUUGUUAUUCACCAAUAUCUAUCGAUAUCCCAGAAAAAUUAUGAAAUUUCUCGUUCUCAUUUAUACAAGCUGAGUAACGGUAUUUGAUAGUCUUGUUUCAUAUUUGUAUUAGUCUAAAAUUUCUGUCGUUUUGCCCAAAAACUUUUGCCAUUUGAUAUUUUCAUAUUAUUAUUAGUUUUUUAAAUUUCUAUCGACUUGUUAAAAAUGUUUUUGCCACUCCCACUCUGACGCCCACUAACCCACCAAAGUUGCCACUCCCACACUUUUGAAUAUUUUGUUCAUAUUUUUUAAAAUUUUUAUCAGUCUUGUAAAUUUCUAUCGUUUUGCCUAAAAAAUUUUUGCCACGCUGACUAACGCAUAUAAACCAGGUUAAUAGAAGAAAUGGUACCAAGCUUGACUUUGCACCAGGCAAGCGGUAAAAUCGUGGACUUUGGUGGACAAUUUAAGCAGGUCAGGCGCUGGAAGCGGGAAGGUCAACCAGGAGGAGAAUACGAGUCAACAACCCGAAGCAAGGCAUGUGCAAGGGAGCUAUAGCAGUGAAAAUCAGCAAGGGGCAAGAUCACUACGUCGAGACUUUUGAGAUGAGGAAAGGUCAGACACAGGUAGCUGAUCUCCAUUAAGAGAUCUAGGUUGAGUUGCCUUGUUACAUCCUGUUGACCCUGCGAGACCGUUAGUGUUUGAACUGUCGGUCCCAAUACUAGCUAAGAUACUCGUGGGUGGAGGGAUUGUGGUGAAGACCCGGUCGACAGGGGGUCGCCCUUGGAGAACCGAGCAGGCGUGGUAACGGCGCGAACGGUCAGAGCAGAAGUGGGUUAACUCGGAUCCCUUUCGCCUGGCGAUAGCCUGGAAGACGCAGCCGUUGGCUACCGUAAGUCCGCGAGGAACUACAAUAAACAGGGGUCUGUCGAGGCCGUACGGGACAGAGCAAGGGUCUGGAGGUUGCGGAGUUCGCCUUGAGAGUCCUCCACCUCACCCUUGACUGUGAACGGUGAAACUUCCCUAAGCUCCUCGCCACCAAUUAUAAGCAAGCAUUUCCCCGCAGAGGAGAACCCAACGGCGGGAAGUCAAAUUAAAGUGUAAAACAUCACAAAAUAAAGUUCAAGGAAAUAAGGUUGUUCUCAAAGGGGUUGAGGCAACUGUUUCGACCACUGAAAUCGUAGAAGCGCUCAAGGAAAAGAACUUUUGUGCAAAAAUGGUCAUGAACAUAUUAAACAAAAAUAAGGAACCACAACCAAUGUUCAAAAUCGAGUUGGAGCCAGAGCGCCAGACACUGAAAAAAAAUGAAGUUCAUCCAAUCUACAAGUUACAGCUCCUACUGCAUCGGCGUAUCACAGUGGAAGAGCCACACAAGCGCAAUCGCCCAGUGCAGUGCACUAACUGCCAAGAAUAUGGCCACACUAAGUCGUACUGUACGCUGAAAUCUAUUUGCGUAGUCUGUAGUGUAGCUCAUAGCACAGCGAACUGCCAUAAGAACAAGGAAGACAUCUCUGUUAAAAUGUGCAGCAACUGCGGUGAAAGUCACACAGCGAACUGGCGUGGCUGUGUAGUAUACAAGGAACUAAAGAACCGCCUUAACAAACGCGGAGAAUCAAUACGCGCUCAGACCACCCACAUCGCUCACACUCCGCCACAAUCGGGCCCGUCCUACACUGCACCCCCCUACACGUCUAGUGCCUAGUGCUAGUGCCAUAAAAUCGGAAAUUAAAUCUGUGAAUCCGCUAACACAAAAGUCGACUUCUACUCGGGAAGAACAGAAAAUAACUACCUUGAAAGAACAAACGCAGCAUAUAUCAACUGGCAUUGAAACGAUGAUGAUCUCACUCCAGCAAACCCUAAAAGAGUUUAUGACAUUCAUGCAAACCACAAUGCAAGAGCUUAUGCGAAACCAAAAUAUGCUGAUACAGCUUCUUCUGUCAUCCAAAUCAAUAUAAUGUCUCCACUUCAAAUAUCUAUGUGGAACGCGAAUGGCGUUUCACGGCAUAAAAACAAACUUGCCCAGUUCUUAUUCGAAAAAAAUACUGACGUCAUGCUCCUCUCCGAGACACAUCUAACAGACAAGCACAACUUCCAUAUCCCAGGAUACUUAUUCUACGCCACAAACCAUCUGGACGGCAAAGCCCAUGGGGGCACUGGUAUACUUAUCAGAAGUCGCAUCAAACACCACCUUUAUAACAGAACUGAAAUGGACUACCUGCAAUCCACUUCCAUAAGCAUGCAAUCCAGCAGCGGCCCCGUCACUCUGGCCGCAGUCUACUACCCACCUCGUUUUGUAGUUUCUGAGGACCAAUUCUUGGAAUUUUUCAACCCACUCGGUGAGCGAUUCAUAGCGGCCGGUGACUACAAUGCCAAGCAUACGCAAUGGGGAUCACGUCUUUUGACCCCAAAGGGCAAACAACUUUACAACGCGCCCAUUAAGCCGCGAAACAAGCUCGAUCAUGUGACUCCGGGUAGGCCUACAUACUGGCCAGCAGAUCCAAAUAAGCUACCGGAUCUCAUUGACUUCGCAAUAACAAGAAAGAUUUCAAGAAAUAAUAUUACGGCCGAGUCACUUGCAAAACUAUCAUCUGAUCACUCUCCAGUUCUACUUACUCUCUGGCACCGACCACAUAUAACUGAGCAGCCCUACAGGCUGACAGGCAACAGGUACGCGAAAUAUGUUUGUACUCACAUGGAACCAACUCAAACAGUACUCACCGACGAGGAUGUUGAUCGCCUGGUCAAAUCGAUAGAGGAAACACUUGUUGCUGCAGCCAAGGCCUCUACAUCUCCAGACACACACAAAAUGACAAAUCAUAGCAAGACAAAUCGUGAAAUCGAACAGCUAGUACUUGAAAAACGAAGACUAAGAAGAGAAUGGCAGAAACAUAGAUCCCCAACGGCUAAAGAACAUCUAAAAAUAGCAACACGUAAACUAACCAGGGCACUUAAGCUUGAGGAAGCCAACGCCCAGCAUCUAUAUAUCAAACAACUAUCGCCCACCAGCAAAAGGAACCCUUUGUGGAAAGCACACAAAAGCAUACAGCCACCGGCAGAAACAGUCGUUCCACUACGUGGUCCCUCUGGAAGCUGGAUACGCAGCGACGAAGAUAGAGCUAAUGCGUUCGCCGAUCACCUUCAGAAAGUAUUCCAACCAAAUCCUGCUAGCAACUCAUUUGUCCUCCCUGUGGUAACUAAAAGCUUGCCCCCCUAUAAAUCCAGUAACAUUCAGCCAAAGUGAGAUAGCAUCUAUCAUAAAAGAUCUUAAGCCCAAAAAAUCACCUGGACAUGACUUGGUGACACCAAAAAUGAUCAUAGAACUCCCAUCGUGUGCGGUUCUGACCUUAUGCCAUCUCUUCAACGCUAU